AUGGCGGCCAUGUGGACGUCGGCCACCGACCAAAGUCGGUUUGUGCAUUCCGAGUGCGCCGAACCGCUUUUCAGCAGCUCGUACAAGAGAAACAACAAGAGCUCGGGCAACAAGCACCUGCGAUGCUUUCCUCACUGCUGCAUUGCGCACAACGCAACGGGGUACUGUGGCAGCACGUUGCGAGUCGCGACGACCGUCGAUCAAGCAGAUCUGAUGGUGUUCGCCAAGUUUGACUUGGAAGAUGCCCCGAAUGCGACUGACGUGAGUUGUGUCGUCGACGUUGCCAUCUUCGACGAGUUCCUGCGCGGCCGACGUCUUGACGUGGACGCGUCUGCCGGCGCUGUGUUCGAGAUCAACUCGAAGCGGAAUUCAUGGCACUACGGCUGGGUCAGCUCUCGCUUUGUCAAGAGCACGGUGCAGCACCAGAUGAAGGUAUACGUCAUGGCGCCCAAGGACGCAAGGGGAUAUGCGCUAUGCGUGGAUAUACUCAAGUCAAAAAGCUUCUUUAUCGAGUCGACUCGGACUGGGACAAAGUUGCAAGCCAAGUUGCUGGCUCAGCGUCAAACAACGCAAGCAACUCUCCCGUCAAAUCCCGAGCCUCCCACAGCUCGUUGCUUACGCAAAAGGCCGUAUCUCGUGCUGGAAGAUCCCGCAGCUCUCUCCUCCUUCAAACCGCAGACAUCGCCUCCCGCAGCAUCGACGCUCCUCCCGCUUCCAAAGCACGACGCCCAGUCCAUAUCUACGUUGCCGUCGUCGUUCCUGGCGCGUCGGCCAUCGUCGCCCUUGACGCUCGCCUUCACGGCUUCGUAUUCAUCUCCGUCGACGCCCGUUCCGUUUGCCCAUCCGUACCAGGCUGCGGUCAUCCCGCCACACCCACCCACCGCCUCGAACCCAGGCGCUGGCCCCAAUACCUGCCGGAUUCUCGCCCGUCAGCACGACCACGAACAAGCUCGUGCUCGGGAAUGACUUGUUCCUGGACUCACUCAUCAGCGGGAUGGACGAAGAUGACGACGACGGGUGGUCGCCGCCGUCCAAUGCAUCGUGUUAGCGUUACGACGCUUCCAUGUCGAACGCUUCGCGGCACCGCUUGAUCGAUCGCGGGGACAUGACGUACCCUUCCGAGUCGAAAAACUCGUCGUCACUCUCGUCUUCUUCAUCGCCGCGGAUGCUGAGCGGCUCUUCGCCAAGGGGGACGCGCUCCUCGGGGUCGGACUGGACCGUCGGCACGUGGGUCCAUUGGACUUUUUUGCGCGUAGCCGUCGGCCCGUUCCGCCGCUUGUACCGGAAAUGGUACGCGCUCGCGACAACGACAAGCGCCAACCCGAUAAAGACUGCGGUCGUGAAGAAGGAAAAGUCGCUGUACACUGGGGCCGGGUCCCCUUUGGCUCGGAACGACGACGGCGUGUCCGUUGUGUUUGGCGCCGUGGAUGCCAUCGAGUUGCCAUGGAAUGCGGGGGACGUUGGAAGCGACGAUAUCGUGGUGGUCGGUUCAAGAGUUGUUGUCGACAGGGUGCGGUCGGUCGUCGGGGGUGUCGCUGCAUUUGGGAUAGUCGGGGCAGCGGCGACACGCGUCGAGUUCGUAGGCAGCGUGAUGCUGGGGGGCGACUCCAAAGGAACGACCACGUCCGGCGGCGACGUCGAUUCGGUCAAUUCCGCGUCCAGACCUCGGUACUCUAGAGCACGUUGCCACUUUCGUCAGGUCUCGAUAUCAAUGGACGUCGGACAAACCGCA